CGCGAUCCCUGGCCGCGCUCGCCAUUAGCGCCCGCGUCGCCGUAUAAAUAACACGUGACCGCGCGGCGGCGGGGAUAGCCUCCGGCAGCGACUAGCCAGCGCGCGGACAUGGCGGCCAAGGUUGCUGUUAUUUUGGUGAUACUCAACUUCCAAGCGCAUCCUAUGCAGUGUGGUGAUAGUGAUUCAGUUCAGCAACAGUCCAUAAACUGGGCAGUCGGUGUAGUGGACCACUUGAGAAACUUACUGCGCAUGACCAAUGAACUCUCCAGCUUAGUGGAAAGCGCGCAGAGUGCACUAGAGUGCACUUCCACGCCGUGCGAAGCUGCUUCGCCGCCGAACUGCACGGCGCACUCGCUGUCGCCUCGACACCCGGGUGGAACACCGGCCAACGCAACCUCUCAAAGUCCAUCUUCAGCGACAUACAAGUGUUCUGCUGCAGCGAGCCUCGAGGAUCCAUCUCCAUACGAACAUCGUAACAAGACGAAAGCAAACGAAGAACAACUUCCAACAUUUAUUUCAAGAGCUGCUGGUACAGCUGGGACUCAAACAAGUGCCACAGAGGAGUUGCCACUUGGUGCUGGACCUCUUCUUGUCCACAAAACUUCAGUGAAACCAAGUACCCAAGGAAGCAUGACUUCAACUACGGCUAUCACAGAGAUGCAACACAAUAGCACUCACUUACCUCCUCAAAAAUGCACUAGUCCACCUGCACCAAAGAGCACUGAUUCUAAAAUUUUCAAUAAAGUUUCAUCAAAUAUGACUGAAUCUCCACACUCACACACAAACAAUAUGAAAACAACCACAGAUAAAGUCACUCAUUCACCUGAAGGACGAGAUGCUACGUCCGGUAGAACUAAGAGACCACACGUAACAUCCGUUAAAACUACUACACAUAGAACCACUACUUUACGUAAUAAACCUACUGUAAAAAUUGAACAAUGUAAAACUAAACAUGCGACUCCUGAUUCAACUACUCAAAAAACAUCGACAAGUGAACUCACUUCCUUACCUACUGUUGCCGUAACCAAUAGUCCACCGAUUAUUACUGAUGACACAUCACAGUCUACUAAUUUGCCUCACGUGCAUGGACCUUAUACAAAAACACUAAAUGAAAACACUUUUAUUAGAGAUCAUUCAGAAGAAAACACAAAGAAAGCUUACACCGAAAAAUCAAUAACUGAUGUACCUGUAAGUACUGAAUCAACAUGUUUUGCUGAAAUCACCAGAGAAAACCCUCAUACACAAGGAGUUACCUUACCAACAACAAGAUUGUCUACUGAAAGGGCUCAUAAAUUAAAAUAUGAGUUUGAGUCUUCUCGCGAGUAUAAUAAGGCACGUCACUCAAGCAAAUCUAGUGAAACUUCGUCAGCUGCAACUCCAUCACCAGUGAAUUCCACAACUCACAGAACUGUAACCACACAAUCAAGUGUACACGAUCCAUUUUGCGGAAGCAAAGCUUCUCCAUUCUCUAAGCCACCGAACUCCAACGAAUAUUUAAAACAAAAUGGUUCUCCAGGAGUUGGUGCAAAUAUUUUUAAUCCUGAAGAAAAUUUGAUAAGCCCACCACCGGGCAAUAACUGCGCCGCCAGUUCGUCGAGCUCCGAGCGAAACGACAGGAUGUCACCUGUUGUCGGAAGUCACGAGGCACAUAAAUGCUCCAGUGCGCCAUUGAGCACAAGUGUUGGUUCACAUCAAAGCUUUCUUCGACACUGUUUCCAUUCUACAGGUUGUAUUCCCGAUGGAGAUAUAUCUCAUUCGAGACCGCUUGGGUUUUCAACUGAAAUUUUUCAGCCAAAUUACAAUAUUAUUAACUUUGAACCUUUCUGCUAUUGCCCUAGACUCUUAAAUUGUGAUCCUCCUGCUACUAAGUGGUACACACCGCCAUUCUUUCCUGGGAAUUCCUUCAAAACGUCGCCAUCCCCAUCAUCUUGCGGAACUUUAGGCUUCCACAAUGAACAACUACCGAGUUCUCUAGAAAUACCAGAGCUUAUAUAUGGCCACGUAAGUAAUUCGUAUAGGUUUUAUUCACCGCCAAUACGGUUCCCUUUUCCUUACCUCGAGCCUCAUCCAUCGCUUGUGAAUAUGUUCCCUCUUCACCAUGCUCAAUCUGGUAGAUAUCUGCACCAUGCAAUGUUCAGAUGACUUUCGUAACCAUCUGUUUAUUAUCCCCACAUAUAGUUUAGGUUCACAUUCACUCCAUACAACAAACAUUUUUGCAAAAAUAGCAAAAAUCUGUUUAUAUCUUUCACAAGUGCAGUUGAUGUUUCAGUUUUGAUACAUCAGAUAAAUGUUGUCUACCAAUAAUGUAUGAGAUUGUAAAUAAUUUAAUGUUAUCUUUAUGUACUCAUAUAAACGCAUGAUUUUUAUUGUAAUUUAUAUUCAUAAUUUAAACUUACUGUAAUUUAUAUUGUUUACAUAUAAGUCUGCAUUUGUACAAAAUAUAGUAUUAUAAACUUAAAAAUAAUAAUAAUAAUAAAAUACCUUGGCAAAAC